AUGUCCGGAACCAAGGAGGAAGACCGCAAAGGCUCGAGCGACUGGCGGGAAUUCUUCUGGAACCCGCGAACCCACGAGCUGCUGGGUCGAACCGCCACGAGCUGGGGUCUGAUCCUGCUCUUCUACCUGGUCUUCUACCUGUUUCUGGCCGGGAUGUUUGUUCUCACCAUGUACGUGAUGCUGCUCACGCUGGACGACUACAAGCCCACGUGGCAGGACCGCCUGGUCACUCCAGGGAUGAUGAUUCGUCCGAAGGGCGAUCAGCUGGAGAUCACGUUCUCUGUGUCAGAGACUGAGAGCUGGGGCGGCUUCGUCCACAACCUCAACACCUUCCUGUCUCCGUACAACGACAGCUACCAGGUUCAGACCAAUGAUUACUGUCCUCCAGAUCAAUACUUCAUUCAAGAGGACAGUGGAGAGGUUAGGAACAAUCCAAAGCGUUCCUGUCAGUUUAAUCGGACGAUGUUGGACGACUGCUCUGGGGUUUCAGAUCGUUUCUAUGGUUACAGCAGAGGUCAGCCCUGCAUCCUCAUCAAACUGAAUCGGGUCAUCAACAUGCUGCCGGGAAAGGACGGACAGUCUCCUUAUGUCACCUGUGGAGCCAAGAGGGAGGACAGUGAUAAGAUGGGACAGCUGGUGUAUUAUCCUCCUAAUGGGACAUUCAAUCUCAUGUACUACCCGUACUACGGCAAGAAAGCUCAGGUGAACUACACUCAGCCGCUGGUGGCCGUGAAGUUCCUGAACGCCUCUCUGAACACAGACAUCAGCGUGGAGUGUAAAAUCAACUCCAACACUCUGGCCCCCGGCAGCGAGAGGGACAAGUUCGCCGGACGAGUUUCCUUCAAGCUACGGAUCAAUGACAAAUAGACACG